AUGGGAACCUCGGAGCGGCGGGGCGGGGCGGGAGCUGCAGUUAUCGCCCCCCGGCUGCACCCCCGCCGCACCCCCGCUGCGCUUCUCCGCCCCCUGCAGGGCGUGCUGGGGUGUGAGCCUGUCGUGUACUCGGACCAGCCAGAGAAGCCAGAGAAGCCAGACCAGCCAGAGAAGCCAGACCAGCCAGAGAAGCCAGGCCAGUCAGAGAAGCCAGACCAGCCAGAGAAGCCAGGCCAGUCAGAGAAGCCAGACCAGCCAGAGAAGCCAGGCCAGUCAGAGAAGCCAGACCAGCCAGAGAAGCCAGGCCAGUCAGAGAAGCCAGACCAGCCAGAGAAGCCAGACCAGCCAGACCCGACUAAACCUCCAAACCAGCCAGACCAGACCAAACCUGCCAAACUGCGUGAACCCACCCAAAGCCACCACAGGGAGCCGUCCCAACCAACAGUGCGAAGCCCAUGCUGGCUUCUGGUCUGGCUGGUCUGGCUGUCUGGUCUGGCUGGUCUGGCUUCUCUGACUGGUCUGGCUUCUCUGGCUGGUCUGGCCACCUCAGCCAGUGGUGAGCGCCAUAUGCCCUCUGGUCUUUAUUUAGAGCAUUACGCUGCGAGGUCAUCUUGCCUGCGUUGCCUCAAGUGGUGAGACGGGGACGAUACCAACAGUGGCUAUCCUCCACAGGGACUGGCUGUACACAGUGUCUGAGGUGCUGUGCUUAGCGUCACUCGUGUCCAACAACACAACGCCCCCCCUUAUCCCUCUCGUGCAACACCAAAAGAUUGCGGAUUGAAGGCCUGCGCAGAUUCUUCUCCUCGCCCUGGUCUGGCUCCAUCAUCUCACACAAAGUAUUGACGCCUCAAUAUGCCAUAAUAUGCACAGUCCAGGGCAUAGCUGGCCAUACUGGGAGAAAUAUUGACGGGAGGGGGGGGUAGGUACCUGGAGGUACACGCCCACACAUCACCCCCAUGUUCCCCCCUACCCUUGUCACCUAUGCGGAUGUGGUCCGGCUCAUCUCUAUCGACGAGUAGCAGCCCGCUACGGAGCACACUGUUGUAGCCGCUCUGCUCAGACAGCGAUGUCGAGAGCGAAGUGGGAGGCCCAUCCCAGCCGCACACUGGUCGUGGUCCGCCGUUGGCUCUUAGUGCCUACUGCGGCGACUGCUUUCUCAUCCCUGGGCUCUUCAACGUUGUGCGAUUCUCGCAAGACUCACCAGCACAGAAACAACAACUUCUCACCACCCUCCAAACACCUCCUUUACAACGCAGACGACUCUCUGCAGCGCUUUACUCUACCAACUACCUCUAUCUGCAGCCAGCGCAUGAGUCUGACGCCUGGCAAUAACUCCAUGUGACGACUGACAGAGGCGGGCGACCACAUCCAAAGCCCUGUCACUCCAGGACAAGUCGCCCAACAAGCGAGGCGGCCAGAAGACCGGGCACCACCGUGAGUUCCCUCCUCCUCCUCGCCGCUCCCUCGCCAUCCCCAGCGACAGCGACCUCUGCAAACCUCCCAGUGCCGGCCCUCACCACCCCACCCCGCCGCACCGGCUAACCCGCCGUCGCAGACCCGCCCGCACGCUUCCGCC